AUGGCCGACUCGUCUGAACUCCCACCGGACAUCAACAGAGGUCCCGAGAUCCUCGCGAUUUGCGGGACCUUGGUUGUCAUCUUCGCAGAGAUGAUGGUCAUCAUACCGGAAGUUCAACACGGCGGAGGACGGCACUUCCAAUACAUCGAGCCGAAGGAGAACAUUGUCAAGGGACUGCAUCUCAACUUCGUCACACAGCCGUUGUGUCUGAUAGGGCUGUGCCUAGCCAAAGUCAGCGUGGGCUUGUUCCUGCUGAGAAUGACACCAUCGGCUCGAAUGCGGAAUUUCAUCUUGGGCACGAUCAUAUUCACGAUCCUCUCCGCAACAGGAAAUCUUUUGACUGUCUUCUUCCAGUGCCGGCCGUUAGCUUUCACCUGGGACACAUCCAUAGAAGGGGGAGAAUGCAUCCCGCCAGGCAACUUGAAGUUCGCCGCCUUCUUCAACUCUGGCGUCUCGGUGUUCACUGAUCUGCUCUUUGCUCUGCUUCCGAUUCCUAUGUUAUGGAAGGUACAACUCAACUGGAAAGUCAAGUCUGCAGUAAUCGGAGUUCUGUCGCUCGGUAUUUUUGCAACAGUCGCGGCCAUCGUCAAGAUAUCGUUCCUUCCCAACUACGGCAAGCAUGGAGACUUCCUCUUCGACAGCUCAGAUAUCACUAUUUGGACCACCGUCGAAAUCUGCACAGCCAUUGUGGCAGCCUCGAUUCCAUGUCUCAAACCCCUUUUCAAAGCAAUCCUUGCCGGCUCGUCAGCCAAGUAUGCUUCGAAGUAUAACAACAACACCCAUGGCUACAUCCGCAACGAAGGAACGAACCGAAGUGGAGUCCCUGGAAAUGGAUCCGGCAAUAUUGAGAUGUUUUCGAGGUCGCGGCACACAACUGCGAUCAACUCUGGGUUCCGGUCGAAGAUGGAUUCAGAGGAAAGCAUUGUUGGCCCACAAGGUAGCGCGCAGUCGGACGGGAUCACGAAGACGAUGCAGGUUUCUGUGUAUGUGGAUGAGGGGCAACAGAAGAAUCCUAAAGAUCUGAUCGGUGUAGUGGGAGUGGGCAGUAUGGGAGCCGCCAUGAGCCUGCUUUUCGCCGAGAAUGCAAAAGAAAACGUGGACAAGCUCCGACAUGAUGCGAUGAACCUCGGCCUCGACGACCGCAUCACCGGCAGGGAAAGCUAUGAAGACCUCUGCGAGACCGUCAAAGCGGAGAGUAAACCCGGAGUCUUCGUCUUCAGCACGCCCCACGGCUCCGUCGGCGACGAGGCAGUCCAGGGACUUCUGUCCGGCGGUGGGCUUGGAAGGGGUGACAUCAUCCUGGACUGCGCGAACGAGCAGUGGCAAGCUACGGAAAGACGGCAACGGGAGCUCCGCCCGCGAGGGGUCCACUAUAUCGGAUGCGGAGUUUCGGGUGGAUAUCAGAGCGCACGGUCCGGCCCCUCUUUUUCACCCGGCGGUGACCCGGAGAUUGUUCACCAGGUCUUGCCGUUCCUCGAAAAGCUGGCGGCGAAAGACCGCAACGGCCGCCCUUGCACCGGGUACGUCGGACCUGGCGGUAGCGGUCAUUUCGUGAAGAUGAUUCACAACGGCAUUGAGCAGGGCAUGAUGUCCAUACUCGCCGAGGUAUGGGCUAUCAUGGUCCGCGGACUCGGAAUGAGCUAUGAGGAUGUCGGUAAAGUCUUCAAGAACUGGAACGAAUCUGGUCCACUCCACGAUUGUUUCCUCAUCAGGAUCGGGGCCGAAAUCUCGAAUGCCAAGGACGAUCAUGGGGAAAACCCGCUUGGCCACAUUCGGGAUAAGGUUGUCCAGGAUGUCGAAGAGUCCGAGGGAACCGGCAAUUGGACAUGCCAAGAGGCCAUCGGGCUCCACCAGCCGGCAGCAACAAUUGUUAGUGCCCAUCUGUUUCGAUACGCGUCUGCUUUUGCAGGACAACGGAAGCACAACAAAGAUGCUGCGGGCGAGGCAACUAGCUCGAAGGAGUUGGACGUAAAGUCCAAGGAGGAGUUCCUCUCUCAUCUGCAGAUGGCCACGUACUUUGGGUUCAUCACUUGUUUUGCCCAGGGAAUGGACAUCAUCCAGGCACAGGACAAGAAGAUGGAUUGGAAGCUGAAGUACAGAGACAUCCUGCAGCUCUGGCGCGGCGGUUGCAUCAUCCAAGCUGAUGGUAUCAUCGACGUCCUUGAAAAGAUGUACAGUCGCGAGGACCGCAACAAAGACGACGGCAUCCUAGCGAAUAUCGAGGUCGCGAAAGAGUUGUCUGACAGCCUCUUAGCAGCCAAGCAGGUCAUCAUCAGGGCUAUCGAAGCUGAUCUUUGCGUUCCUGCGCUGAGUCAAAGCCUAGAGUAUUACAAGUACUCAACAUCCACCGAGCUUCCGACACAGUUUAUGGAGGCUGAGUUGGAUUACUUUGGGAAGCACAUGUUUGAUCGAAAGGAAGAUCCGUUUCCGGGCAAGCCCAAGACUGGAGAGCACCAUUAUGAGUGGAAGCCGGCAGUGGGAAAAAGAGACAAGUAG